AUGGAUGCAGACCAGCAUGGAUCAGAUCACAAUUUAGGAUCUGCCCGUUCUGCUAGUAGCCAGUUAGAUAAUCGUAAUGGAAGUUCUCACGAGCGAUAUACACAUUUAAGAAGGGAUAUAUCUGGAAUACUUCCCGUUCAAAGGGCGGCUUCGGAAAUGAUAACACACGGACAACCACAAUUAACAACAUCAACAUCAUUGCAGAAUAUGCAAACACCACACAACAGGGCAUCAAGUGAACAACGGGCUACUUCAACGGGUCCAAACAGGACAGGAUCCAGGACAUCUACAAGAGUUGCUGAAGGUGCAUCCAAUUCCUCACACCAUUCAGAAAAGAACACGGUAACAUUGAAAGUAGGUUUAGUCGGCGAUGCACAGGUUGGAAAAACCUCUUUGAUGGUAAAAUAUGUCGAGAAUUGCUUUGAUGAGAUAUACACACAGACGUUGGGCGUGAAUUUUAUGGAACGGACAAUACGGAUAAGGAACACGGAAAUCACAUUCUCAAUAUGGGAUCUAGGUGGAGAGGCUGAGUUUACAAACAUGCUUCCCCUGGUGGCAAGCGAUGCCGUUGCUGUUCUCUUCAUGUUUGAUCUUUCACGAAAGAUCACUUUGAGAUCUGUGAAAGAUUGGUAUCGUCAAGCAAGAGGAUUCAACAGAACGGCCAUUCCAUUUUUGGUUGGCACUAAGUACGACCUGUUUGUUGAUCUUCCCGAUGAGCAACAGGAGGAAAUCACAAGGCAGGCUAAAAAGUACGCAAGAGCAAUGAAUGCACCACUUAUAUUUACUUCCACAUGUGCAUCUAUCAACAUUCAGAAGAUCUUUAAGAUCGUGAUCAGCAAAACGUUCGAUUUACGGCUGAAGAUCCCAGAGAUUGUGAAUACGGGCGAACCAAUUCUUCUUUACCAGAAUGUGUAA